GUUUUUCUUUGUGUGUAUACAUCAUUAUAUAACCUUCUUGACUUGUUCACCAUCUCAGAAUAAAAUUCUCAUUUUGGUGAAAGUGAGCAUUUGGGAAAGGGAAAGAUAGAGCCCAGGCUUUGAAGAUAGUUCAUCUCUGAGAACGAGUUUCAACUCUAAAUUACUUCAAUGGCUGAAAAAGAUGAGGAGUUUCUGUCCCAUAAACUCCCCUCACCUUCUCAGGUUGUGGAGGAAUUGAAGGAGCUAUGGGGGAUGGCUUUGCCAAUAACAGCAAUGAAUUGCCUAGUGUAUGUUCGAGCCUUCGUGUCUGUUCUGUUCUUGGGAAGGCUUGGGAGCCUGGAAUUAGCCGGCGGGGCACUAUCCAUUGGCUUCACAAACAUCACCGGCUACUCAGUUCUGGUGGGCUUAGCCUCGGGGCUAGAGCCAGUGUGCAGCCAAGCCUACGGCAGCAAGAACUGGGACUUACUGCGCCUCUCUCUCCACCGCAUGAUCUGCAUACUUUUGGUAGCCAUAGUGCCCAUCAGUCUCCUCUGGCUCAAUCUGGAGCCAAUCAUGGUGUUCAUGGGCCAGGACAAGGAGAUCACAUCAAUGGCCGCCACUUAUUGCCUAUAUUCCCUCCCGGAUCUUUUGACCAACACGCUGUUACAGCCGCUGAGGGUUUAUUUAAGGUCUCAGGGGGUUACUAAGCCGCAAAUGUGGUGUACUUUUGUGGCGGUGGUGUUUCACGUGCCGUUGAAUUUUGUGUUGGUGGUGGGGAUGGGGAUGGGGGUUCCUGGGGUGGCUGUGGCGGCGGUUUUAACUAAUCUGCAGAUGUUGGUGCUUAUGAUGGGGUAUGUGUGGGUUUGUGGGCGGUGGGAGUGGAAAUGGGGGUGUGGGGGGAUUGGUGGGGUUAUUGGGGUUGGGCCGUUGCUUAGACUAGCGGUGCCGAGCUGUGUGGGGAUCUGUCUAGAGUGGUGGUGGUAUGAAAUCGUGACGGUUCUUGCAGGUUAUUUGCCUAAUCCAAGGCUGGCUGUUGCGGCCACGGGGAUUAUUAUUCAAACCACUAGCCUCAUGUACACUGUUCCGAUGGCCUUGGCUGGUUGUGUCUCUGCCCGGGUGGGAAAUGAGCUCGGAGCUGGGAAACCAUACAAAGCCAAGCUAGCUGCAAUGGUUGCUUUGGCAUGUGCAUAUGUAAUAGGAUUCAUGAAUGUGAUAUGGACAGUGAUCUUUAGGGAGAAAUGGGCAGGCCUCUUUACAAAAGAUGAGAUGCUUAAAGCUCUGGCUGCAUCAGUCCUGCCAAUAAUUGGCUUGUGUGAGCUUGGCAACUGCCCACAAACCACUGGCUGUGGGAUCCUCCGUGGCACCGCCAGGCCAGCCGUGGGCGCCCGCAUCAACCUCGGCUCGUUCUACUUUGUGGGAACCCCAGUGGCGGUAGGCUUGGCAUUCUGGCUCAAACUUGGCUUUGGAGGCCUCUGGUUUGGCCUCCUGUCAGCGCAGGCUGCCUGCGCCAUUUCCAUCAUUUACGCGGUGCUCUGCUGCACCGAUUGGGAAGCCGAGGCCUUGAAGGCGAAGAAGCUCACCGUGGUGGAAAUGGGGCAAUGCGCCGUCGAGAUCAAGCACGAAGAGAGCAAAGGGUUAUUGGUUUCGGAUUGCAGCAACACCCUUGAUGAUGUUCUGUAGAGAAAAUUGAGACAGUAUGCUCAGUUAGGGACCCUCUAUUUUGUUUGAGUUUUGAUUUGAAACAACUUGUCAUUUGUGCCAGUUGAGCUUUCUGUUGCAAAGGUAAAAGAAAGAUAUCGUGGUGGCCCAUGCAGAUGUUUUAUGUUACAAUCGCUCUACAUGUUUCUACAUAUUAACCGAUUUUUAUUGGUGAGAUGGAUUU